AAUAUCAAUAUUUGUCUAUAUUUACAGCCAUUUCUAUUUAACACAUUGCAAGUGAGACAAUUGGCCGGCUCUACCAAACGAAAGCUAUCGUUUAAGAAUGUAUCCAAUGUUGUCAUACAGUUAUUACAUUCAAUUAAAUACAAUAUUGACGUUCCGUUCGCUAAUAUGGCAAUGAUUCCGACGGUUAACAUUCAGACCACAAAUAUGGACAAUCAGUUGCCCAAAAAAUUUAAAGUGACGGAUAAGUUGCGGAAGCCGUUUAAGAAGAGGCACUCAGUGGUCUACCAUCAGGGAACCAAUCGCGUCAACAAAUACUUGGCUCAGGCUAUCGACGCC